UUGACGGAUUACAUCACAAAAAAAAAAAAUCUUCAAUAGAAAGUGCGAGUAUAAGAAAGCACACGUGAUCAUUGUUAAGACCACUAACAGAGUUAGCGAAUCUCUGCACAAUAAAAAUGGGUGACAAUAAUUGGGCUACUUCUCUGGUUGAAAAUGAAGAAGAAGAAAACUGUGGAUAUGCAUUGCAGAUUGUUGAUUCAAUGGCAUUUCCUAUGGUAAUGAAUGCAAUCAUUGAGCUAGAUGUUCUAGGGAUAAUUGCAAGGGCAGGUCCCGGCAGGCAGCUAUUGUCAUCGGAAAUUGCGGCGAUCCUACCGGGAGUUCAAGACCCUAUAGUAGCUGCAUCCAUGUUGGAGAGGAUGUUGUGGCUGUUGGCAACCUACAAUGUAGUUAGUUGCACGGUAGUUGAGGCUAAAGAUGGUGGUGUUAAGAAGAGAUUUGGGUUAGCAGCAGUGGCUAAGUACUUUGUUCCGGACCAUGAUGGUGUUUCAUUGGCUCCUCUAAUGAGCUUGAGUCAGGAUAAGGUCUUUGUUGAUUCCUGGUGAGUUCUAUCUUCAUUCAUCCAGAUUUUUCCUUUGGAAAUAAGUCAUAAAGUGUUUUUUGUUUUGCUUUUUAACUUUUUUGAAAAAUUUAAUGUAACUCAAUUAUACCAUUAUGGGCUGUCAUACUACGACAGCGCGUAUGAAAUAUGAUGUACUUGGUACAAACUUAGUUUGAAUAACCACAUGAAUUUA